AAAAUAUCCGCAGGACUUCUUUUUGCCGCCAGCCCUAAGCUGUCGGCUAUAGGUGCGUCCCGCUGGCGGGGAUGAAACGUUUGCCGCCGAAUACGUCACUCCCAUUUCUUUCGAGAUGCCGCCGGCAUACAGCCGGCGGGCCGACAGCUUAACUUUCUCUGGCGGUUGCCUUCGUCUAAUGGACCGCGGCAGGCUGGUGGCAAGCCGCUUUAUAAGUUUCUUAAAAUCGGCCACGCAGUAAUUACUGACAGCAUUUUAACUGCCUUUCACAUCAAGCGGUUAUAAAAUCAUAAUACCCUAUAUGUGAAUUAUAUCAAAUUCCUAAACCAGUGGGGUUUGCAGGUUCUUCACUCUUGAUUUCAUUAAAGUAAGGUUUAGGAAAUUAAAUUUAAAUUACUUUGAAACUCUGAAGCGAUUAUACAAUAGAAUAUAUCGAGUUAUUGUAUGCAAUAGGUAAACAUUUGUACAUUUCUUUUUAUUUAAGCACUUGACUUGAAAUUUAGUUUAUGUCUUUCAUUUUUUUCCAACCUCGAUUUUUAAUAUAUUUUAGCUUUUAUAUGUAUAAGGGAUUAAUAAUUUGCAAUUACAUGUGACCUGUACAAAUAAAUGUUUAAAGUGUAAAGCACAAACAGAGAAGUACCUCCCCCAAAGACAGGGGGCGGCACCUAAAAAAUCCGGAAGCCUAAACCGGAACUUACCGUGCGUGAGUUCGUAUAUGAAGCAGAUCCUGGCAGAGAAUCGUCACAUUGUUUUCAGUGUUUUCGGAGAGUGAAUCCUGACAACAUUGGAGAUUUCAGACAAUAGUCAUCGACUACGAUCUUUUAAAUAACUUGACCAGAGCAUAACCGGCUAUCUGCCAUUACCGGACUGUUGGGACAAUCUUUGACUUUAAAGACAACUUGACCAGCGCAUAAACAGUUAUCUUCACCCAAGAGACCUACUGUUGGGACAAUCUUUUGGCUUUAAAGAUGCUGUUUGCCAUCGUCCAGUUUAUUGAUGAGAAGGAUCUGCCAUUUGCAGUGGUGCCGCAAGUGUGGCUCCGCGAGGGCAUAUGCUAUUGGCCUCCAUUUAACCUUCGCAAAAAGGACAAAGGCAACAAUUUAGCCAUCCGCUGCACGCCUCCACAAAGCACCUGGGAGAAAUAUAAUUUUAAGUUUAUGAAGGGAGCAGAUUCUUGGCAAGAGGCAAAGAAGUAUUUGGAACGCUUCCAAACAGGUUCCAGCGUUGAAACGACAGAUGAUGACAAGAAGGGGAAACGAAAAAGAUUCUCAAAUUCUAAGUUCAGACCCCAGCCCUCUUCUGAUGAAGACGAGUCAAGUCUUCCAGAUGCACCAGCCGUGCUGUCAUUUCGACAACCUUUUUGCGGUAACGAGGUUUUGGUGCUGCCCGAUGCUCCUGAAGUUGCAUCAAUUCCAGAAAACCAGGAAAAUGUUGACCCAUCUGUAGACUUCAGAGCUGGUUUCUCCCCAUUAAUCAAGAGUCCACUACACAGAGCCAAUAGUUUGAGUACAAGUUUCUCCCCAGUAAUCCAGAGUCCACUUCAAAGGGCCAAGAGUUUGAGUACAACUCGUCAAGUAUUAAGCUUUACAUCCCCAGCAGCAAACUUACCCUACCAGUAUAUGGGUGAAAACGUUGGAGGAGAAAGUCAUCGCUCCGAUACAGGCUCUUGGACUCCCCUGGCAUCCCGUGUACAGCAUGAUGUUUUCAGCUUUGAAGAUUUCCAGAGACUACAAAAAGAGAAUCAAGCCAUGAGGGGGGAUAUCCAAGCCAUGAGGGGGGAUAUCCAAGCCCUGAAGGUGGAGAGCCAAGCCCUUAGGAGGCACAAUCAAGCCCUUAUGGAGGAGAACCAAGCUCUGAGGGAACGAAAUGCACAAGCAGCUUCGGAUGACAGUGGCUCACUUCAAGAGCAGUUGAAGCAGGUUGGGGCAAUGUUAAAGACGUUUGCCCGCACUGGGCAAUCAGGUGCAGAUCAGACCCUAAUGUUGCGACGUCUUGGAGAGUUUGGUGAUGUUGUGCGUACCAUGGACCACAAAAUGGACACUAUGCUGCAACAUUUCAGUGCCAAUGUUUCUGUUGGAGAGUUAUCUCUGCCAGGGGAUCUGGUACUUCCCCUAGACACCCAGGAAGAUUUGGUGUUGCUUGACAACACUUUGAGGCAGGAUACAGAGCUCCAGGAACGAUUUCUUCAGUUUUUGGCAAUCAAAUGUGGGAGGGACCUAAAAACAACCGUGUGGCGAAUGCUUCAGAGCAUCUUUUCGAAUCACCUUUCUAUCAAUACAACCUGGACUGGUGUAGGGAAUAAAGCGUGUUUUAGAGACCUGUUCCUGAAGACCAUUGUUCAACGAGCCAUUCGGAAGAACCCGGCAACCCAGGAUGCCACAGAUGAGGCUGUCCAGGUCAAUGUUAUGCGUUACCUGAAAGGUGCAUCUGACCGUGAAGGUGGAAAAAGGCGACGCACAGCUGAGAGGGACCCAGAGCCGACCCCUUAAACUGGAACCCUUUCUCUAUCCUGCUUAACUGAUUUUCUGUUGUUAAGUACAUGUCAAGUUUUGUUUAUCACAGAUACAAAACUUCUACACUGAUUACUGGCUAUACUAGCCCAUAUGUACCACCCCUCCCUCAUCUUCCAGUCUGGACAUGGUCUAACAUCUUAUUUGACCAAUGGUUGAUACCCUAAAGCUAUCCUUGCACUGCAGCUAUAAUUCUUAUAUUACUAGGUUUACCCUUUUCUCUUAUUGUCCAUAUUUAAUACUGGUCUCUUAUGUUGUCCAUAUUUAUUGUUGUUCACUACACUUUAACCUUGCACUGUUGCACUUUACUACCACUGAUGCAUACCUACUGAGCACCUUACCACGGCAUACUGAACCACAGGGUCAGUCUCUGCCCUGUCACUGCAAGUGCCUUAUACAUGACAUUCUUUUGGAUCCUUGUUUUAAUAUAUUUAGUGUAUUUUUACUGUUAAUUUUUGUCAUGUGGAUUUUUUUUAUAUUCUGUUUGUUAAUAUGUGUGGUGUUAAAGUACCACUUAUCCUAUUGUUAUAAAUUACUUUAAAAUGUGACGUUAUACAUCCAUUUAUUUGGUAUCCUGCACAUUCUUUGGUACCAAAUAUCAUCAUUACUUGAUAUAAUGUUUACUGGUAGCCUCUGUACAUUAUUAAAAAUUAUUGUAAGUGUUCUAAUUUGCUUGUAAUGUGUUUUUUUAACCAAAUUUUAUUUGGAAAACUGCAUGUUCUUUAGUUUUUUUUUUUUGUUAUUUAUAUUUCAGUGCUCUUACACAUCCUCUGUCAAUGAGUGUUACAGUACUUUAAAAUGUGCAAUAAAAACGCCAAAUGGGAA